AUGUUUCCUAUAAAUGGAAUUGUAUUAAAUCAAAAAUGUAAACCUAUAUAUGUUCGUUGGCCACGAGUAAGAUUAACUGUUCCACCAACAACUGAAGGAACAUUUCCAUUUACAACAUGUAAAGGAGCAUGUACUAAUGAAGAAAAUCCUGUUAGAAAAGGAUCAUUUCAAGAAUGUUCAUCAUUUAAUCAUAGAGUUGGUCCAAACCAAUAUAGUUCACAUUGUCAAUUAUUUCAAAAAGAUCAAAGUCAAAUAUUGGAUGGUUAUAUAGAAGCUGAUGAUAGAUAUUCAUUUUAUUGGAAAUAUUGUAUUAAAUCAAAUAGAGUUUGUUCUGGUGAUUAUGCAUUUAAUUUUCUCUCAGAUCGUUAUAUGGCAGGAAGUGAAAUACAAAAGUAUAUAAUAAGUAGUACUUUAGAAGAUUGUUUAGCAGAAUGUUUAAAUCAAAAUGAUUAUAUAUGUAGAUCAGUUACAUUUAAUAGAACAAGUGGUGGAUGUUCAUUAUCAUCACAAAAUCAAUUAUCAAAACCAGCAAUGAUAAAAUUAAAUAACAAUCCUAAUUUUAGAGUUGAUUACUAUGAAAAUAAUUGUUUUAAUAUUUCUGAAUCAUUUAAUUUUGAUUAUAAAUGUGAGGAAAAUGGUAUUAGAGUUAAAGUUGAUUCAAAAUUACCAUAUACAGGAGCAUUAUAUGGUUUAUAUGAUUUUUUUACAUGUAAAAUUGAACCAAAAGAAGAAACAAAUUUUGAAUAUCUUUUUGAAUAUCCAACAAUAUCUAAAAAUUGUAGUGAUUCAAUAAGAUUUAAAGGUAAAGAAAUGAUUCUUGAAGUAGUUUUAUCAACUGAUGGUGUUGAACCACUUUAUUUUAUUACACCUGAUGAUUUAACAUUUCAAGCAAGGUGUACUAUUUAUGAAAAUAUGGGAUCAGAAAGUAAUGAAGAUGGAUUUAUUUCACCUGACAGCUUAAAAAAUAAUAUAACAGCAAAUACUAACAUAUUAAAAAGACUAAAUUCAUCAAGUCUUGUAACAGCUCCACCAAAAACUUCUAAUCAUAUAACACCACAAUUAACACUUUUUCCAAAAUAUACAACAAUUCCUGAUGAUCAUGAGACUAAUUUUUUUGUUACUAACAAAAAAUUAUCUAAUUAUGAACCAUAUAUUAAUGAAGAAGGUUCAGGUGAAGAUUUACCUGAAAAUGCAGGUAAAAUAUCACCAUUAAAUGAUCAUGAAAAUAGUGAUAUUAAUAAAGAAUUUAUUACAAGAACAACAUAUCCUUCAACUACUGUUAAAAAACUUACAUCAGUUAAAUAUAUAAUAAAAAAUUCUACAAAACGUGGUCUUGUUCCAAUUUAUGGAACAACAAUAUCACCAUUAAUAAUGUCACCCAUAACAAGAAAAUAUCAAUCAAAAAUAUAUUCAUAUGGAAUUGAUAGAAGAAAUAAAGAACCAAGAUUACAAACAUCUACAAUAGGAAUUGAAUUAAUUACAGCACCUAUUAAAAAGAUUGUUGAGCAUGAAAAAUUAAUUGAUUCUAGUAAUAGUAUUAGUCAUAUUACUAUACAUCCAGACAAUGUUAAACAAUAUAAUCAAUUUAAAGAGUUUUCUAAUAUCACUGCUCAUAUAUCAUUCCCAAAUUCAAAUACAAUUGCUGUAAAAACUGGUACACCACAACAAAAUUCAAUUAUAAAAAAUGAAAAGAUAACAAAUUCAUUAGGAACAAUAAAAGAAACCUUAACAACUACUUCAUCAACGACAACACCAACUUUGCUAUCAACAAUAAGUACUACUACUACUACUACUACUACAACAAAUACCAUUCCAACAGUAACAACUACACAAUAUUCUACAACUACACAAAAAACAAGAAAAAUUUCAAAUAUUCCUGAGGCAAUUGAAGAAGAAAUAACAUCAUCAACUGUGCCACUUAAAACAACAGAAACAUCUAAAGUAACAAUGACCACAAAAAAAUUAACAACUACAACAACAAAAGAAAUUACUACAACAAAAUUAACAACAUCAACAAAUGUAAAAAUAGUAAAUGAAAAAAGUACAAAAAAUCCUCAAGAAACAACAGAAAAAAAUGUUGAUUUAGAAGAGGUUAUUAAAAGUGGAUCAAAAAAAGAUCCUGUAACAUUUGAAAUAUUUCAUAAUGGACAACCAAUUGAGGCAGUUGUUGUUGGAUCACGUAUUACAUUAAGUUUUACACCAUAUUAUGCAAUAUCACCAGCUUAUAUGUCAAUAACUGGAUGUCAAGUUGAACCAAUAGGUUCAUUAUAUGAUUGGGAAAAAGAACCAUUAGCAAUUAUAAAAGAUGGUUGUCAAGCUGAUCAUGUUGGAUUGGUAUGUCCACCACAAAAUACAGAUUAUGGUGUUCGUGUUACUGUUGAAGCUUUUCGUUAUCAAACAACAGCACAAGUACAGUAUACAUGUUUAAUAAGAAUUUGUCCAUUUGCAGAGUGUCCUAUCAAUGUAUGUAAUUCAGUUGAAGGAUGCCCAAAUUCAUCAUCUCAUGAUAUAUUAUCAAAUAUGUUUAAAAAUAGGGCUAAAAGAUACUUAAGUUUAGAAGAGAUACGUGCUGCUUUAGCAGCUAAUCCAUACUUACAACAACAAUUAAAUUUGGCUAAUGAUACAUUACCAAUAUCAACAGAUAGAAUGAAUGCAGUAUUACAACAGCAGCUUGUCGCAAUUGGUGGAGAUCAUGUUGUUAGGAAAAGACUUAUAGUUGUUAAUUCAGAAGAAGAGUUAAAAUAUUAUGUAAAAACUGGAGAUGUACCUGAUAAUUUCUUUGAAACUGCGUUCUAUUUUGAUUUUGCUUAA